AUGUCGAAAAAAUUCAAAGAAAUUACGGAAAUCAAAGAAAAUACUUUGGACACAGUUCCACAGAUUGAAGACUUUCAAUACGCGGAUUUCUCUCAAGAAAGCUGUUAUGUUAAUUCAACUGAUAAGAUUGUUCCAACAGCAAAUCUUCGCGAUAUCACAAUUCGUGAGGUUCUCCCAACGGUGCAGUUCACCAUUUCGAACUAUGAAGACUUUGGAAAUGAAGGAGUUCUCGAUUAUGAUACCAGCUAUAACGAUAACACUCAUGCUAACGAUGGAGAUGGCAAUGACGUAAAUGUAUGGAUCGAUAGUUUUCCUGACGAAUCCGUGAUAACGCCUAUGGCCGAGAAAAUUGAAAAUUUUGACGAAGACACUCAAUCGAGAAACAUUCAAAAAGUAUCCAGAAAGAGAUCAAAAAUGUGCGAAGACGACACAGAUAUGAAAUUGUCAGAAAUGGCUCCGAUAAAGAUGGUUAGAAAAAUGAAUAAGCUGGCAAAACGGCUGGCGGCGACGUCGAAGUCUAGACGGCCAGAACCGGAGAGCGACAGUGAAGGUUCGGAUUUCGAUUUCGACAAUGCGAUUCCAGAAAAUGAAGAUAAGCAUGUUCCUAUGGAGGGAAUCGAGAGCGGUCAGGAAAGUGAUCCCGACGAGGAGAAAGAGCUGCAAGCAGCAUUCGCAGCAGGCAUCUUGAAAUCCGACGGAUUAAAUGUCAUCGUGCCAAAGAAGCGACCAGUUAUCAACAAAACGGCCGAAAUGAAAGAAAAACUAAAUGAAUUCAAAAAGGAUUUGCCCUGGGUAGAGACUCUUGAAGUUGUGACACCGCACAUUCAAAUGGAUAAGGAAGCUGAAAAUGACGAUUUCAAGCGAGAAUUAAAUUUUUAUAAACAAGCGGAAAAAGCUGUUCAAAUUGCUUUCCCUCGACUCCUCAACAUGAACAUUAAGGUUUUGCGCCCAGGAGAUUACUACGCUGAAAUGGCGAAAAGCGAUUCGCACAUGCAGAAAGUCCGAAAACGUUUGUUGUCGAUUCAGGAGAUGAAAGAGCGACAGGAAGCUUUUAGAAGACUUCGCGAAGAGAAGAAAUUCGCAGUAAAAGUUCAGAAGGAGGCGAUUGCUGCUAAGAAUUCUGAAAAGAAGAAACUUGCUGAAGCUGUCAAAAAACACAAGAAAGGAAUGAAACAGCAAUUGGAAGACAUGCUGAACAAUGUGAAACGAAAUGGGCUUGAUCAGGACGAUGAUAUUGGCAGAGGAGCUCGUGGACACCGGGGAGGAAUGCGCGGUGGAAGCAAAGGAUCUCUGCGAAAUGUCGGAGAUUUAAAGCGAAAAUUGAAACAAGACAAAUUCGGAUACGGUGGAAAGAAGAAGGGAAUGAAGCGAAACAAUAAAGAAAGUUUCGAUGAUCUGUUUGGCGGGAGAAAAGGAGGUGUUGGAGGUGGACGAUUCGAUAAACCAGCACAAUGCAUUCGUUAUAAAAUGGUUUGGUUCCUUUUUAUGGUCUUUUCGGCCGUUUUUGUAUUUGUCGUUCUUCUCAUUUCCACGUGUAUACCGUACACUUUCCUCAAAAACUGUUGCCUGGGAACUAGUAAAUUCACAGUGUCUCUUCUCGGUUGUGCAUCAUGCGGUUUAUUCAUUGCUACAUGUUUCCUUGGUCUUAUUCCGCAUGUACGACACCAGGAGAUGCAAUUAAAAUCAAAUAGCACAAUCACUGAAAAUUAUCCAAUUCUUCCUACAACAGAUCAAUUAGUUGUCAUUGGAUUCCUCGUUAUUCUGAUUACUGAGCAGAUCAUUCAUGGGAUCGGGCAUUCGAUUGGUCAUUCACAUUCAUCACAUACUCAUUUACAUCAGCAAACAAACAUAAAAAUGAGAAAGUUUUUAGAUGAGGAAAGUGGCGACGAUGCCGAACCGUUAGUUGAAGUUGAUGCGACUGUUGAAGAUGAGCACGAUGAUAUCAUUUUCCGACAGUCAAGCACAAGUCACGUUGACCGUGAUUCAUCCGGAAGCUCUUCUUCGCAGAAUCUGCAGUCAAUGGAUGUACGUGUUUGGUUUUUGUUAUUAGGAAUGUCGGUUCAUUCAUUCUUCGAAGGUGUCGCUCUUGGUGUUCAGAAUGACGCCAGCGCAUUCUAUCAAAUAAUAUUCGCAAUAAUGUUCCACGAAGUACUGUGUUGUGUUUCAUUUGGAAUUCAAUUAGCCAAACACAACGCGAGCAGAGUGUAUGCAUGGACGUCGUCGAUUUUCCUAUCGGCCACUAUUCCACUUGGAAUGAUUCUUGCGACAACCAUUGAUGGUGUUGGAAAUGAAGCUUGGCAAAAGAUCGGAAGAUAUUGGCUCGAAGGAUUAGCUGCUGGAACGUUUGUUCAUGUGUCGUUAGUCGAAUUGUUGCCAAUGGAAUUGCAUUCAGAAGAUGGCGGGCAUGGUCAUAGCCACAGUGUUAUCGCUGAUUCAUCCACUCCCUCAUCUCAAUCACAUGUCAAAUGGAAUUCUCUUAUCAAAUCCUUGUUCGUUGCUGCUGGAGUCGGCACAUUCGUCACAAUUAAAGCCAUAAUGGGUGGUGGACAUUAA